AGCCAGACUCACACACUCGCAGUAGCUAGCUAGGUGCUUGACCUACUACUGCUCGUGACCAAUAUGGCGUCCAAGGUGUCGGCUUCAUGUGGCCUCUUCCUUGCCCUUAACCUCCUCUUGUUUGCAGUAACCAGUGCCUGCCCAAGCUGCGGCGACACGGGCAACAAUGGUGGCCACGGGAGCAGCGGCGGCGGGAGAGGUGGUGGCGGUGGAAGUGGCAGCGGCGGAGGAGGCCAUGGAGGCGGGGGCGGUGGAGGCCGUGGAGGCGGCGGCGGCGGAUAUGGAGGCGGAAGCGGAGGGGGUGGAGGAAGUAGCGGUGGUGGGAUCAUUGGCGGCGGUCCAGGUGGUGGCAUCAUCGGCGGGGGCCCUGGUGGUGGGAUCAUCGGCGGCGGGAGCGGUGGUGGUGGAAGUGGCGGCGGCGGCGGUGGCGGGUAUGGAGGAGGAGGCGGCGGCGGGACGAGCGGGUGGUACGGCAAGUGCCCGACGGACGCGCUGAAGCUGCACGUGUGCGCCAAUGUGCUGGAUCUGAUCAAGGCGAAGGUGGGCGUGCCUCCGUUGAACGACCGGUGCUGCCCGCUGCUCAACGGGCUCGUCGACCUGGACGCCGCCAUCUGCCUCUGCACCGCCAUCAAGGCCGACGUGCUAGGCAUCCACAUCAACCUCCCCAUCCACCUCAGCCUCAUCCUCAACUUCUGCGGCAAGGGCGUCCCAACCGGCUUCAUGUGCCCUACCUAAUCCCGGUGAUACUAUUGAGUUCGCGUAUGAUCUCCCACAAAGAGAAGGGGAUGAGAGAGGUCACGUCCACGCAUGCAUGCAUGCUCUCAGCGAAGUGCAUGCAUGCGUUCAAUAACCAAAUUGUUGAUUUGCUUUAGUUGUUUUAUUAUAUUGUUUCGUAAACUUUUGAGUCGUAGCUUGUCAUAGUGACCAUUGCAUUUUGCUUUGUGAUGGAAUGUGGCCGUUUGUUGUUGGUGUUGCUGUCGUUACAUUAUCUCUUCCUAAUUUUUGAAUUUGAAAGAUGCAUAGCAUCUAAUGAAUUUGAUUUAGUAUUUCCAAGAUA